AUGAAGAUGCUGAUCGGCAGUUAUCUGCCCGAUUCGUUGGACAGAUAUCAGAGCCUGUUAAACGCGUAUUUCCCGGUGAUAUAUGAUCUGAAAUUUAUGAUAACUUUGACACCUUAUGAUGGUGGACUUGCACUGAAUGUGGAGAGACUCGGGACUGCGCACCAAGCAGGAUCGGACAGCCUGCUCACAGCUGGUGUUUUCGUCAAGCAAGGGAGCGAUCGACAUGUAUGCUGGGAAGGAACUGCUCUGGCGUUUGCUGACUGCUCACAGCUUGAGCAAUCUGACUCAUCUACGUCUCUAGGCUCUUCAUAUGUACUGCCAUACUGUGCAUAUCAUUCUCAACCUUCUCUAGCCUUUGAUUGGAAUGCUCCAUAUUCUUGUGUGACUGUGUCAUGA